AUGGAAAUCACAGUACCAAAAACCCACACAAAACCCCGUCUUCCUCUUCGCAUGAAAAGCACUCCUUACAAAACUCCCCCACCUAACCCUCUAACCCAACUCCAAUUGCCUCUGCACAGACCCGAACACAAACCGCCCAAACCCAUCAGAACCGGAAACCCGAAAACCCGACCCGUCGCCACCACAUCCGACGUCUUACGCCUGAUGGACAGCCUCCGAUUCCCCGUGCCGCUCGACAUCUACGCCUUGCUCGUCGGAGAAUGCGCAGAAUCCGGCGACCCUUCAAAAGCCGUCGAGCUUCACGAUCACGUCAGAAGAAGCAGGCUCCGUUUGGGCGUAGGCAUGCUCAACCGAAUCAUGCUAAUGCACGUCUCGUGCGGGUCCCUCGCGCACGCGCGCCAGGUGUUUGACCAAAUGCUCGUUACAGAUUUCAACUCGUGGGCAGUUGUUAUCGCGGCUUGUGUCGAGAAUGGGGAAUACAGCCGAGAAUGA